AUGGCAGAAGGAGGAUACAACAUUCAAUCGACUAAUAACAAUACCAGUUAUCUCGACCGAAUGCAACAGUCACAACAAGGUGCGUCAGCCGGCGAAGAAGAGCUAGCAACUAAAACGCUUCAUAUUCAAUCGAAACGUUUUUAUCUGGAUGUAAAACAAAAUCGACGUGGUCGAUUUAUAAAAAUAGCUGAAGUUAGUGCCGGUGGACGAAAAAGUCGUAUAUUGAUGUCAAUGAGUGUUGCAAGUGAAUUGCGCGAUCAAUUAGACGCAUUCGAUCAAUUUCUUCGAACCCUAGCUGAACAUGAUCCGAACAAUCUACAGACAAAUGAAGAUGGUUGUCUUCGUUCGGGACUUAUUACUCGUGAUGAUCGGAAAUAUUAUCUUGAUUUAAAAGAAAAUGACCGCGGGAGAUUUUUACGUAUAUCAAUGGUUGGUCUCAAUACACCACGUACACAAGUAGCAUUACCUGCACAAGGUGUACAAGAAUUGCGAGAUGUGUUGACUGGUCUACUUGAAGAAUUUGGUAAUGAAGAUGACAAAGAUGAAGCUGAUAACAGUAUUGAGUCACCACCAGCAAUAGGUAUGUCAUAUAAACAACUUGUUACGACUAAUGUCUAUCUACAUGAAAAAUCUUCGUUAGAACCAGCUGAGUUACCUGAAAGUAAAUAUAUUCAUGUGGGAAACAAAAACUUUUAUUUUGAUAUCGGUUCAAAUAAUCGUGGCGUGUUUCUUCGCAUCUCUGAAGUUCGUGCAAACUUUCGAACAGCUAUAACAAUACCGGAAAAGGCAUGGUCUCGUUUUCGCGAUAAUAUUAAUGAUUUCAUUCUUGCAAUGGAUAAAGAACGUCAAAAUACAUCGACAACAGCCGACAAUUCCCGGUCAAAUUCUGGUAAUGCCGAUAAAGCACCAACACUCUUAGAAUUAUUUUAA